GCGGAAGUGAAAAAGCUGAGGCUAAAAGCCUAAAUAGGAAGCUUGUGCGCAUGCUUGGUGACAUGCAUCCGAGGCUUGAAUUAUCCUGGGCGGGAGUUCUAGAGCCGAGCGCGCGCUUUUUCUAAUCCUUUUAUGUUUUUUUCCCGUUCGGUGUUGAAUUGAGAGACUGGUCGUGGCCAUGAGCCUCUGGGUCGACAAGUACCGGCCAAACUCGCUCGGCAAAGUGGAUUAUCACCGGGAUCAGGCGGCACAGCUUCGCAACCUGGUUCAGUGUGGUGACUUCCCUCAUCUGUUAGUGUAUGGGCCCUCAGGAGCUGGAAAAAAGACCCGAAUAAUGUGUUUACUGAGAGAGCUGUACGGCUCUGGAGUAGAGAAGCUGAGGAUUGAACAUCAGAGUAUAACAGCACCUUCUAAAAAAAAAAUUGAAAUUAGCACUAUUGCCAGCAACUAUCAUCUGGAAGUGAACCCAAGUGAUGCAGGAAACAGUGACCGGGUCGUAAUUCAAGAAUUAUUGAAGACAGUAGCACAGUCACAGCAAAUUGAAACAAGCACUCAGCGAGAUUUUAAAGUGGUGCUGUUGACAGAAGUGGACAAACUUACAAAAGAUGCUCAGCAUGCAUUGCGCCGAACCAUGGAGAAGUAUAUGGCCACCUGCAGAUUAAUUCUGUGUUGCAAUUCUACAUCGAAAGUCAUUGCACCUAUCCGAAGUAGGUGCCUUGCUGUCCGAGUGCCUGCACCCAGCACUGAAGAUAUCUGCAACGUUUUGUCCAUCGUUUGUAAGAAGGAGGGUCUGGUUCUUCCUCGGGAACUAGCUCGGAGGAUUGCAGAAAAGUCUGGCCGGAAUCUCCGAAAGGCCCUUCUGAUGUGCGAGGCAUGCAGGGUGCAACAGUAUCCUUUCACACUGGACCAAGACAUUUCUGAGACAGAUUGGGAGGUAUAUCUGAGAGAGACAGCAAAUGCCAUUGUUGGUCAGCAGACCCCGCAGAGACUACUUGAAGUUCGUGGGAGACUUUAUGAACUCUUAACCCAUUGUAUUCCUCCAGAGAUUAUAAUAAAGGGUCUUCUAUCUGAACUUCUGAACAACUGUGAUGGACAACUGAAAGGAGAGGUUGCACAGAUGGCCGCUUUCUAUGAGCACCGAUUGCAGCUGGGGAGCAAGGCCAUUUAUCACCUGGAAGCAUUUGUGGCUAAGUUUAUGGCCAUCUAUAAGAAGUUUAUGGAAGAUGGACUAGAAGCAAUGAUGUUCUAAUAUGCAGCUUUGAGAACUCUCCUGGCUUUUGUGAUGCUGAUGGGUUCUGUUUAGAAAGCUGUACAAACCACAGAUCAUGGAUAUAUCGCUGUGUUGGACAAUAAAAUCCAAAGUGUUGAAUUUCAA